AUGACCAGUUUCACGACUAUGGAGGACGCCGUACAUGCCAUCUUGGAGGAACUCAAGGUCGAGGGUAUCGACGAGCAGAACUUCAACGCCUGGCUCGCAGUGAACCAGCAGAACAAGGUGGAAAUGAUUGCCCAAGCUUUGCGAAGACUGAAGGACUUGGACACCCGUACACGAACGAAGAAGACGGACGCAUUUUUGAGCUCCGUCUUCUGGUUGAAGGAGACGCUUCUCCUGGAGCCGACCUCCCUUCGUAUGGCUUACCUACGCACUGCGCAUGUCGAUUCUUUCCUCUCCACCAUUCGAAACGCUACGGUCAGCCAUUACAACUUCACUCACGCCAUGAGGCAAGAUGAGGAGGCAAAGGCAAAAUUACUCAGGUUCCUGGCGGACUGGAAGAAGAAGAUGCUGCGCGCCUGGUAUGCCGUCUUCGAAGAGCGCUCCCUCGUCAAGCCGUCGAUUGGCCGCCGGGUCGCCCUGAUGCACGGUACGACGAAGCAGAGGUGGGAGAGGCAGGCGAGGGCGUUCUGA